AUGUAAAUACUUGAGAAAAUUGGUGAUGGAUUCUCUAGUGUAAUUAAUAAAUGUAUUAUUAAUCAUAAAUAAUGUGCUUUAAAAUAAUUUAAAGAAUGUUCACAUAAAUUACGUGAAAGAGAAAUAAAAAUACUUAAUUCUCUUUAACACCCAAACAUUAUUUCAAUUUUAGAAUAUGAUUAAGAUUAUAAUUGGUACGCAACUCCUUUGAUGAAGAUAGACCUUCAUUAACUCAUUGUUACACAUGGAUCAUUAAAAAGUAAUACAAUACAAUAAAUUCUAUUACAAAUAUCGAAUGCUUUACUCUAUAUGCAUUCUAUAGAGUAUGUUCAUAGAGAUAUCAAAUUAGAGAAUAUUAUGCUUAAUUCUGAUGCUAAAUUAUUUAUUAUAGAUUUCGGUCUAUCUGUUUGUCUUCAUACAUCCAAAUAAUAUCCUAGGCAUUGUGGCACUCCUAACUAUAUGGCACCAGAACUCAACUUAGAUGAAAAAAUUAUCAAUUCUAAUUCUCUAAAAAAAACAGAUGUUUUUGCUUUGGGAGUUAUAAUUUUCAUUUUAGCAUAUGGAUGCCCUCCUUUUACAAUUGCUAUUAAAACUAAAUGCAGAUUUUGGAACACUAUUGUUUCAUAAAGGUGGGAACAAUUUUGGAAUUAUUUUGAUAAAUUGAUAGAGACUCCUCCUCAUUCAGAUUUCAAAGAUCUAAUCUAAAACAUGUUAGAACCCGAUCCAUCUAAAAGAUUUACCAUUCAAUAAGUUAAUAAACAUCCCUUUAUAACUAACUAAUCUAACUUAGAAGAACUUAAAGUCAAACUUAAUAUAUGA